CUUAAACAACCCAGUGCAGUGUUAAAUAAUCAUGUUCUUAAAGACAGAAAUUUUUAAAGCAAUUUUAUUUAAACCGCCAGUGAAAUUACCACUAUCGUAUUGGGUUCUUGCUUGUGUUAGAUUUUUGCUUACAAUUAUUCCGCAACGAGGUUAUAUACAUCCAGAUGAAUUUUUCCAGAAUGUUGAAGUUAUCGCUGUUACUUUUUUUUCAGGCGACAUUUUCUCAGUGGAUGUGGCGAAAACAUGGGAAUUCAAUCCCAAAUUCCCUAUUAGAAACAUCUUCAUACCCAAAAUGAUCCUUGGACCACCAUUACACUUUAUUCAAAUUAUGAAUCCAUAUUCAAAAAACUACCUGAACAUAGAUCUAAAAACUCCCUACUACUUGCUAGUUAUACCACGAAUAUUUAUUUGUUUGCUGUCGUUUAUAAAUGAUUACUGUUUAUACAAAAUAUGUAUUUUAUACGGGCAAAAUUUUAGAACACGGCUUAAAGUAUUUGCUAGUUCGUACGUCAUAUUUGUUUAUUGCACAAGAAGUUUCUCAAACACCUUUGAAAUGAUGUUUUUCUCGAUUCUUCUAUACUUAGUAGCUGAAUGCAUGUUAAAAUCUGACAAAGUAAUUUAUCAUAGUGAGUUUUUGAAAGAAAAGUAUGACAAGGCAAAGUCACCAGUGGAAAGAGUGAAACUUUUUAAACUACAGACUCAUUUGCCAGAUCAUUCUUUGAAUAGAGUCGCAAUAUUAUCAACUCUAGUUAUUCUAGGGAUAUUUAAUCGUCCAACGUUUGUAGGCUUUGCAUUUCCACCAAUUUUCUUUUGGCUGCAUCGUGGUUUAGGUUCUAAAAUAGUUGGUUUCAAAGACUUCCAUUACCGUAUUUUAUGCUUCAUUGUAUUCAGCAUCCCUACGAUUUUAUUCCUCAUUUUAGUUGAUUCUGGUUAUUAUGGAUAUUUGACAAAGGCAGAUGUGGAAUCUCUAAAACUGGGUUGGGACAAUUGGGUGGUGACUCCGUUGAAUUUCCUGCGGUAUAAUGCAGAUAAACGGAAUCUGCAACUACAUGGAUUACAUCCAUGGUGGCUUCACAUGGUUGUCAAUGUGCCACUGCUGUUCAAUGUACUUGGGUUGUUGGCCCAUUUUACAAUUGCCAGCAUUAUAUACAGAUUCAUCCGCGGCCAUUACAGCAAGUUACCUCGCAUCCAAAGCAUCACAGGUCUAAUGCUGUUCUCUCUAGUCAUACCAGUGGCUUUACUGUCAUUGUUUCCCCACCAGGAAGCCCGAUUCGUUAUUCCUGUUCUUGUACCUUUAGUAUAUCUAUUCGGAAGUCAUUUAUAUGAGAAUGAAAGCGACGGUCCUAAAAAUAGAAAGUUUAAAAAAGCUCUAAGGUUUACGUGGUAUACGCUAAAUGCUCUAUUAACAAUUUUCUUCGGUUUCAUUCAUCAAGGAGGCAUAUACCCAUUAACGAAUACACUACAUCGCGAAAUAAAAAGCACAUAUGGUACCGAUACACAUGUUAUAACAACGCAUAGUUAUAGUAUACCAACGUUUUUGUUACAAUUGGAAAGUACGAGUAAAGUUUGGAGGGAUAGAAUGACUGGAAAUAAAUAUAAAUUAGCGCCCUCGACCUUUAUUCAUAAGUACGGAUCGAUGCCUAUGGACGAAUUGUUUCUAAGAGUAGAUGAAGUUUUUACAGAAGCCGAAAGGUUGUUAUACGAGUCCAAAAAAAAGUACAGGUUUUAUAUUGUUGCCCCUUGUUCUUUAGACAGACAAAUACGCGAAAGUGCUGGCAUGUAUUAUUACAUCAGUGUCGUAGAAGACAUUCAAUACUAUCCUCAUUUUUGUUCCGAAGCAUUACCCCAAUUUCCUAGUAAAAGAGAUCAAUAUUGCUUAGAACAUAAUGCUUUACGGAAAAAUGAGUCUCAAAUCGUUGAUCUGAAUAUGUUCCAAAGAAUCUCGUGCUUUUUAAGGAAGUUUUGUUUACAAGUAUAUAAUGUUAAACCUGUAGGUAAGAAAACGUAAGUUUUAGAUAUUUAAGGCUACUUAUGUAUAUGUUUUUGUCUUGGCUAUAACAUAAUGCCUUACGGAAAAUCGUAUCGCAAUUGUAAUCUAAAUACAUUCCAAAGGAUAUCGUGAUUUUAAGGAUGUUUUGUUUAUAAAUGUACAGUGUUAAGUGGUAGGAUAAGGAAACGAAAGUAGCUAUUUGAUAUUAAUGUGUUUGUCUUUCUUAAAAUAUAAUGCCUUACGGAAAAACGAAUCUCAGAUAGUAGAUCUGUAUAAGUUUCAUAGAAUCUCGAGCUUGAUAAAUAUUUGGUUUUUGGUUAAAACUCUAGUGUAACUUGUAAAUAGCGUAAAUUUUAGAUGUCUAAGACUAUAUUUUUGUCUUUUGUAUCUCACUAUUGA